UUCUCGGUUCAGUCAGUCCAGCGAAGUCCGUUGAAGGUGAAAAGUCUGUUUUUCUCUCUUUCUCCCUCUGCUCGGUUGUCGCGAACGAGUCUUUACGACCGCCUUGCCCGUUACUUUUACGCGUAAACACGCGUAGUCGCGUGCUGGUGUUCCGAAUAGUUCGAAACAGUGCGUGUUAGUGCGUGUUGAACGAAGCUUUAGAACGUACGGAGGUAACACGCUGGGUGUCCGGGGCUGGCGUGCGAGUUUCCAAACUAAACCGAACGUAACCGCGAAGUAAAAUCGUACCGAUGAGAUCGUUCGCGAUUAAGUGUGUUUCAGAGUCGAAAACUUGAUUAGCUGUCGCCAUCUUCUUUCACCGUUGACAUCUCCGCGCGCAUAUGAGACUUUUCCAUCGUUCGCAGCGCACGGGAUCGUCGUUUCGUUGCAUCUAUGUGUCCCCACAGUGCGAUCGGUUUUUGCCAUCGCGCUGACACACAAUAGCCAGCUCGAUUCCGCCAAUUGCAGCCUACUAUGUUGGAAUUCUCGAUACAGCAUGCCGAAGUCGAGUCUUUGCAAUUGUUGUCCCAUCUUGAUCCUCCUGUUGACAGUGUGUACAUGAUAUGCGGUGUGCUGAUUGCUAUGGUGUUUGUAGGCGUUAUUAUUGUCCUACUAGCUAUAACAAUCAGCAAAUUGCGGAAACGGGAGGAUCAUUCGAACACUGUGCACCCGGAACCGACCGUUGUUCAAACGGCAACAUCGCCGAUCUCCACGAUCGUGGCGUCGUCCUAUUCCGUUGAAGGUUGUUGCACGCAGAUAUCAACGACUACAACAUCAACGGAUCUGGAAAAUCACACAGCUGUUGAACAGGAUAACGUCUAUACCACGACCAAUCCGACGGAUCAAUUCGUCUGGCAGUUUCCGCCUCCUUAUCCACCGCCUCACACACCGGCGCAGUAUGCGUUGUGCAACGACCAGGAUACCCUUGUACACGCGCUACCGUCGGAUAGGCCUGGAUUUGCGAAGGGUUUCCGUAAAAAUAUCGGGGGACGCUGGCGACGCCUGGUAAAACGGAAACCGGAGACGGAGACUUGUGCCAUUCCUCCUGAACUGAAGGAUCAGUUGAAGACGAUCUAUGUCUAUUGACGAUCAGAAUCGUCGCGUCGUUGUUUGUUUCUUUACGAUCCUUCCAUUACUCAGUAAUCGAUGCUUUCUUGUACGUAAGAUAGAUAUUGUAUCGAGGAAGGGGGAGGACAUAAGAGUAAGAGUAUUUCGAGUAAACAAAAUGGUAAACGAAUGCAGCGUUCGAGCGAUGGGAUGUCUUUGCGAGAGAGAGAGAGA